AUGGCUAGUGAGGCCAGCGGCCUGACUGGGACGGGAAGGCCAGUGAGGCCGGCUGCUGUUGCUGGCCCAGGGAGGCGGCACAAGGUGGAGGAGAAGGGAAAUUUGUACAAAGCACAUCAGCUUAGGGCCAACCUAAAGAAGUGCAGCUUCGUCCAGUCUAGUGUGGAGUAUUUGAGACAUGUAGUGUCCCAGGAAGGAGUGGUAGCCGAUGAAACAAAAAUUGAGGCAAUGCAGAAAUGGCCUAUGCUUAGGAACAUAAGAGAGUUGAGGGGUUUUCUAGAAUUGACUGGGUACUACAGGAGAUUUGUGAGGGGGUACAAUACUAUAGCAUGGCUCUUGACCGAGCAAUUGAAGAAUGACAACUUUUUGUGGGGAGAGACAGCAACCCAGGCUUUUGAGCGAUUGAAGAAAGCCAUGACGACAAUUCCACUGUUAGCUAUUCUGGACUUUAACUAG